UGAAUUAGGUUGAAUCCUGUUCCGCUUCCUGAAUCUUUCACAUAAUUGGGUCUCAUUUCUGUAACUGAAUAAAAUCCGGUAGACUCCUCUGCCAUGCAAGGUCAGCAAGUGUACACUCAAAUCUGCCCCUCCCUUAAUUCCAAGAUCAUGAAUAUUUCAUGUUGUGGUAAGAAAAAAGAAAGACAAAGGGGGGUGUGGCCAAUCAAAUAACCCAGGGGACAGGCGGUGUGGAGCCCCCUCCUCAUCAGCACAGACACACAGAUAAGGCAGAACCUGCUGCUCCAUCCACCCACACAGACAGACUGAUACUUUCUCGUUCAGCUCUCGUGUCCAUACACUGCAUCGCGUGUAGAAACAUGUCUGACAAGCCCAACAUGACAGAAAUCACAUCCUUUGACAAAACCAAGCUCAGGAAGACAGAGACCCAAGAAAAAAAUCCCUUGCCAACCAAAGAAACUAUUGAACAGGAGAGGCAGGGAGAGUCCACGCCUUGAACACAGUCACACACCAGAAGGGGAUGACUGAGAUCAACAAGAGAAGGACUUUGGGGGGAAUUGAACCAGUAACUGAUGUGUUAUUUGUUUCAUAGUUUUGUUUGUUAGAGAACUAAAUAAAAAUAAAAGUAAGAAAUUUCUACGAAUGCAUUUUA